UUUUACAGGAAUUAAAACACAGCACUCUUUGACAGAACUAGCUCUAUUUAUUUGACUGUUUUGUUCAACAAAGGGCAAAGUACAUGACACAGGACCUUUCAGAUCAGUUACUGGAGGAGAUGAGGACAUCCUUUAGUUCAUAGUCUUAUAGUAGCUGCCUGCUACCAAACAAGGGUGAGUCUUUAAAAGUGAAAGUUAACUGAUUCCUUACAUUGGGGCAUUACGAGUGUGACUGAGAAAAUGGCCUCCAGACUGUCUCUUCCAGAAGAGGAUCUCUCCUGUCCUGUGUGCUUAAACAUCUUCAGUGAUCCUGUCCUCCUAUCAUGUAGCCACAGCUUCUGUAAAGCCUGUCUGCAGAAGUGCUGGAGACUGAGAGGAUUUCAGGAAUGUCCCGUUUGUAGGGAAGUAUUUUCAAUGUGUAAUCCACCCUGUAACCGGGCUCUAAAGAACCUGUGUGAGGCUGUCUUAAAGGAAAGGAAUCCGAGCGUUUCAGGAGGGUCUGAGGUGCUCUGCAGUCUGCACGGUGAGAAACUCAAGCUCUUCUGUAUGGAGGAUCAAGAGCCCAUCUGUGUGGUUUGUCGUGAUUCAAGGAAACAUAAAAAUCAUGACUGCAUCCCCAUACAGGAAGCUGUACAGGAACAUAAGGUGAAACUCAAGACUGUAUUGAACCCCCUAAAAGAUAAACUGAGGCUCCUUAAUGAAGUCAAACUCACCUGUGAUAAAACAGCAAAACAUAUCAAGAUCCAAGCCCAGCACACAGAGAGACAGAUUAAGGAGCAGUUUAAAAAUCUGUACCAGUUUCUGCGAGAGGAAGAGGCGGCCAGGAUAGAUGCAGUGAGAAUGGAAGAGGUGCGGAAGAGUCAGAUGAUGAAGAACAAGAUAACAGAGAUGAGCAGAAAAAUAUCAUCACUUUCAGACACAAUCAAAGCCAUCAAACAACAGCUGAGAGUUGAAGACAUCUCAUUCUUGCAGAACUACAAGGCCUCUGUGAAAAGAGCCCAGCACCCACUGCCGGAUGCACAGAGGGUUUCAGGAGCGCUGAUAGACGUGGCCAAACACCUGGGCAACCUGCAGUUCAGAGUCUGGGUGAAGAUGCAAGGGAUUGUUCAUUACACUCCUGUAAUCCUGGACCCCAACACUGUAGGCACAAGUCUCAUUCUGUCCGAGGACUUGACCAGCAUAGGAUAUGCUGAUAGAGCACUACAGCUUCCUGACAACCCAGAGAGGAUUGAUGGAUGUGUCCUAGGCUCUGAGGGUUUUAACUCAGGAACACACAGCUGGGAUAUUGAGAAUUUGGAUGGUUACUAUUGGGCUGCAGGUGUGGCCACUAAGCAUGACAACAGGCUUAUUUAUUCUACCGAUAUGCCAGAUGAAUUCUGGGGUGUUAUGACUACUUGUGGUGUAUACCUAGCAAUAUCCCAAAAGCAAAAUCUCCAUCACCUCACAGUAGAUCACUUUCCCCAAAAGAUGAGAGUGCAUCUGGACCUGGUCAAGGGAAAGCUGUCAUUCUUUGACCUUGAUAAAAACACACACAUACACACAAUCACACACACUUUCACAAAGACAGUCUUCCCUAUAUUUCGUCAUGAUAAAACUUUGAGGAUCUUACCAGUGAAAACCACUGUUACAGUUAAAUACAGCACAAAUUGAUGUAAUAGUUUAACUGCCACAACACUGUUUGCUAGCACUCUACUCAUAGUCCUGUCCUGAGUUAGUAAUUCACUGUGAGUGUUGGAGAGGUGGACAUUGGUCUUGUCUCCACUAUCUUAGAGAGACACUCAGCUCUAAAACAAUUAUUCAAUGGAUUCUGACCCUGGUCUUAUCAACAGGUGAAGCAAUCAAAUUGCUCAUGUAUCACGUAACUAAUUUUUUUGUUUAGCCUAAUGUUGUAUUACUAGAUUGAUAGUUUUCUAUUUCUUUGUUUUCUGUUAUUGAUUGUUCCAGUAAAAAAAAGCAUUUUGAUUGCUGUGGAUAGUUUUCAAAUGUCAGAUAUAUAGUGCUGUGUGUAUAGCAUAAUAAAAUCUGUCUAUUUUUGCUCUUA